UGUAUCCCCUUCUGUCUUCCUUCGGACAAGCAAGGCUCAGCUGUCAACACAGUUUAGGGUUUGUCGUGGGAUUUCUCGUUAGGAACGGUGGCUCUGACAUGGUGGGAGCUGGUGGGAAGCCUCUGCUCUCCCUGGAUGCUGAGCCUGUUCCGGCCCGACGUUCUCAACAGACCGGUGUUAGGACCCAGGAAGGACGCCGCAGCGAGGGGUAUAAAUAGAGAAGCCGCCGGACAAAGUUUGAGCAGAGAGCCUGACAUCACUGCCUCUGGCCCGUGCUGGGGCUGAGUCAGGGCGAAGGAAGGAGCCGGCCCGUGGGGCGCACGGGGCCGGUGGGGGGCACACGGGGGCGCACGGGGGGCGCACGGACCGGCGCCUCCGAGAGUCUCCUCGUGCUGCCCACUUCAGGCAAGGAGAGAGGGGCCGGUACGAGCCUGGCUGGAGGCUGAACGGGAGUCCGGAGAGGAAGGGCAGCCCGGACGCCGACGCCGGCCCCGCCGAGCUUUGGGCCUCCCUCCCGAGGCGCCAGCACCCAACACAGUCAGGUUCCCGGACAAGGAAGAGGCGCCCGUGAGCGGGCAGGACGGCUGUGUCUCAGCCUCUACAGAGAAGCAGAUCUUCCCCCAUCUGGACCCUGUGAAAAUGUCCCUUUCCCGGGGCCGUGAAAGUUAGGGCACACGCUUGGCCGCAGAGCUCGGGAACGUGGCGGGAUCGUGUCCCGACUCCCCGGGAGCCAUGAGGAAGCUGCUCUGGGGCCGGCACUUCUGGCUGCUGCUGCUCUUCUGCGAUUUCCAGGUGCACGGAGCCUUCUCCAGGCCGCCAGCCCAUCCAGGGUUUGAGGUCUUGGCGUCUGCUUCCCAUUACUGGCCGUUGGAAAAUGUGGACGGGAUCCAGGAGCUUCAGGACACAACUGGAGUGUUGCGAACCCACAACCUCACUGUGCUUCCUUCCCAUAACUCUACCUUUGUUCGUACCAAUGACUCUGCCUACUCAAAUCUGUCUGCAACCGUAGACAUCAUGGAAGGGAAGGUCAACAAGGGAAUUUACCUCAAGGAGGAGAAAGGAGUGACCCUUCUCUACUACGGCAGGUACAGAGCUUCCUGCAUCAGCAGCCCGGCGCAGUGUGACCCGGACGGGGUCACGUUUUCUUUCUUCUGGAAGACACAAGGAGAGGCGUCCAGACCGACCCCUUUUGCUUACGGGGGACAGGUCAUUUCCGACGGCUUCAGGGUCUGCUCCAGCGGCGGCAAGGGCUCCGUGGAGCUGUACACGCGGGAGAACGCCAUGACCUGGGAGGCCACCUUCAGUCCGCCAGGUCCCUACUGGACUCAUGUCCUGUUUACAUGGAAAUCCAAGGAGGGUUUGAAAGUCUACGUCAACGGGACCUUGAGCACCUCCGACCCAAGUGGCAAAGUGUCGCACGCCUACGGGGAGCCCAGCGUCAACCUCGUGAUAGGGUCUGAGCAGGACCAGACCAAGCGUUAUGAGGACGGAGCUUUUGAUGAGUUCAUCAUCUGGGAACGGGCCCUGACCCCGGACGAGAUCUCCAUGUACUUCACAGCCGCCAUUGGAAAGCAUGCUUUGUCGUCUUCGACACCACCAAGCGUCUUCAUGACCUCCCCAGGCAACGCCGUGGUGCCCACCAACGCUUACCAUCCCGUCAUAACCAACUUGACAGAGGCGAGGAAAACCUUCCAGAGUCCAGGAGCCAUCCUGAGCUACCUGCGAAACGUGUCCCUCAAAUUACCCAAUAAGCCUCUCUCGCAGGAAAUGGCGCUGAACCUCACCCAGGUUUUCUUAAAGACCAUGGGAGAGGUUCUUCAACUACCCAGUUGGGUCGAUGUGUCAGAGGACAACGCCAUGGUGCUGGGCUUGAUCGAGACCGUCGACACCGUCAUGGGCCACAUCUCUUCCAACCUGGACGCCAGCCAGCCCCAGGUCACCAUCGUCGGCUCUUCUUCCAUGGCAGAGUUUUCUGUGGCUAAACUCCUGCCCGAGACCAUAAAUUCUUCCCACUACCGCUUCCCAGCCCAGGGGCAGAGCUACAUCAAGGUUCCCCACGAGGCGUUCCGCAGCCAAGCCUGGACCACCAUCGUGGGCCUUCUCUACCACAGGAUGCACGAUUACUUGGACAACAUCCAGCCAGCCAAGACCAAGAUUGCGGAGGCGGCAAAUUACAAAGGGCACACGCUGUUUGCAGCCAGCUACCUGAUUUCUCUGGAGGUGUCCCCGCCACCCGUGCUGUCCCAGAACCUGUCAGGCUCGCCACUCGUCACGGUGCAGCUCAGGCACAGACUGUCCCACAGUCAGCGCAGCAAGGCCACCAACAGCAGCAACCAGCUGUUCCUGUACUGCGCCUUCCUGGACUUCAGCUCUGGAGAAGGCAUCUGGUCCAACCAGGGCUGUGAGCUCGCCGAGGGGAACCUCAGCUACUCCGUCUGCCGCUGCACUCACCUCACCAACUUCGCCAUCCUGAUGCAGGUGGUGCCGAUGGAGCUCACGCGUGGACACCAGGUGGCGCUCUCGUCCAUCACCUACAUCGGCUGCUCCGUGUCCCUGGUCUGCCUGGUGCUCACGCUGGUCACCUUCGCCAUGCUCUCUUCCGUCAGCACCAUCCGGAACCAGCGCUACCACAUCCACGCCAACCUGUCCUUCGCUGUCCUGGUGGCCCAGACCCUCCUGCUGGUCAGCUUCAGCUUCAAGCCCGGCACGGUCCCCUGCCGGGUGUUGGCCAUGUUCCUGCACUACUUCUUCCUGAGCGCCUUCGCGUGGAUGCUGGUGGAAGGGCUGCAUCUCUACAGCAUGGUGAUCAAGGUCUUUGGCUCAGAGGACAGCAAGCACCGCUACUACUAUGGGAUAGGAUGGGGUUUGCCUUUCCUGAUCUGUGUCAUUUCAGUGUCAUCUGCUAUGAAUAGCUACGGAACAAUUACAAACUGCUGGCUGUCCAUCACCAGUGGUGCUGUCUGGGCCUUCGUGGCCCCUGCACUGUGCAUCAUUGUGGUCAAUGUCGGCAUCCUCAUCGCUGUGACCAGGGUCAUCACACAGAUCAGCGCCGACAACUACAAGAUACAUGGGGACCCCAGUGCCUUCAAGUUGACGGUAAAAGCCGUGGCCGUGCUGCUGCCCAUCCUGGGAACCUCGUGGGUCUUCGGCGUGCUUGCUGUCAACAGCCAGGCCUUGGCCUUCCAGUAUAUAUUUGCUGUCCUCAACUCCCUGCAGGGGCUUUUCAUCUUCCUUUUCCACUGUCUCCUGAAUUCAGAGGUGAGGGCUGCUUUCAAACAUAAAACCAAGGUCUGGAGCCUCACGAGCAGCUCCAUCCGCAGUGCUAACGCGAAGCCCUUCAGCUCCGAUGUCAUGAACGGGACCCGGCCAGGCACAGUGUCCACCAAGCUCAGCCCCUGGGACAAGAGCAGCCAUUCUGCCCACCGCGUGGACCUGUCCACCGUAUGAGCAGGGACGCCGCUGACCGGCCGUCUUGCUGCUCAGACGCACCCUGCAAACUAAACACAAGAAACACUCUGCCUUCACCGUGGGACCCUCUCCUUGUUGCUGUCUGGGCAUGGGGGUCCUGGCCCCCUUGACAGGCGUCCUCACUUCUGGCCCUCCCCGUGUGACUGAGCCCACUGCUGGGCCCGAAGCCUGAUGCACCAUAGGGGGCGGCCCUCCCAGCUCUGGUCCUCCCGUGGCCAAGUGACUGUCCCCUGGGGCACCUGCUGUGGGCACAUAGGACCCUGGGGCUGCAGCAUGACAAGGGCAAGUUAGCCUGGGCGUUGUGAUGGGGACUUCGGGGCCAGAGAGGCAGGGUCCUGCGGGGGAGGUAAAGGCCCUGAGGCACCCCUGCAGGGUCAGGCAGAGGCACGUGGGGGUGUCUACGAGUGUGAAGAAUGUCCUCGACCUGCUGAAUCAGCCACAGCAAGCUCUGAGAAGAGGGCGCGGUGCAGGCUGGAGCCCCACGGGCCACCCUCGCCUUCCGGCUGCACGGGGGUUGGGGCUGGGGGUGCUGGCUGCUCAGGGCCCAUCUGUGGGAAGAGCCGGGUGGGGCCGCUGCGGGGACAGCUCCCAGCGCCCCCUUCGGGGUUCUCUCCCCCCAUCGGGGUUCUCUCCACACUGGCGGUCCGCCCCGCCCGGGGCCCUGCUGGGAGCCCCUGAGCCCGCCCUCAUGCCCCCAGCCCCGCAGCUGGGCUUCCCGUGGUCUUCCUUCCCCAGAGCUUCAGGCUGGUCACGUACAGACCCGUUCUGUGUUUCCCCCCGGGCAGAUGCCCUGGGGGGUAGUGAGCACACGUCCCGUGUGGCCACAGAGGCCGCUCACACUGCGGACCAGGGGAGGGUGGCCUGACGGUGGCUGUGUCUUCCGGUUGCUUUCGGUUUGUGGACCGGGGCUGGGCCCCCAGGAAGUGGAGUGACCAUUACUGCUGUGUGUCUGAGCAGGGUCCCUGGGAUACCAGGGCCUGUGACCUUAGAUGCGCCCCCAGUGCCACUGAAUAUCGGGAAGCAGGCUGGGAAAGCUCAGACCGGGGCAUCCGCGGGGACGGUGUGCAUGAGCCGUGGGGGUGAGAUGUCCAGGCCUGUAGCUGAUACUGGAAAGUCUUCUGUAAACUGUGACCGUGGUGGCACCAAGCCCUGCCCACCCCACAUGCCCGCCAGGUCUCCAGGGGCCUUUUCCCUCUCGCUCAGGUGCCACCUGAUCCCGACGAUGGCUGCCGUCCCCCACAGGCAUGUCCCAUGCGGGGAGGGGUCCGACCGAGAGCCACGUGUCGAUCGCGGGGCAGCUGUGUUCUUGCUUCCUCACGAGGACCCGGGGGCAGCAGCCGACCCAGCACGGGGUGAUGGUGGCCGGUGACCUCUGUGUGGGCCCCAGGGAUGGGCGGGGGGGCUGGAGUGCUGCUGAGACCCCUGGCGUGUCGUGAAUAGCCCGGGUGUGCCCAGCCCCCUCCCAGGCUUUUCCUCGUGGUUCCCGAAACCGGAUGGCUUGUACCUGCGCGUGGUAGCCUCGUCACGCGCGAGCCCCGAGGAGUGAGCGCGCUGCAGUCCCGAGUCUGCUCGGGGGUCGCUGUCCCCUUAGUCUCCGGGGAAGCACGUCGGGUACGGAGCUGUCUUUCCUUUAGGUGGAAUUCUUUGUUUUAAGCUCAGCAUAUUCGCUCUACACAGCUAACAUAUCAAGGGGAGUAAUGAAGAAACCUUUCACUUCUAAUGAAGGAGCGCGUGCACUUUAUUUAUAGGCUAUAGAGCUGGGCUUCUGCGGCGUUUUAUUAUCUGCACACAAUUUGGCCAAAGACAAGAAAUUGGGAAGAAUCAUGUGUUUACGGUAGUUCACAGCACAGGAAAAAUGAUGAAUGCCACCAAGUAGUGGAAAUAUGUUGUGAUUUUUUAUGAAAUAAACUCUCCGUGUCCUGACGGUGA